AUGGAAAACGGGAAGCAAACGAAGUGGCAUCGUAACUCCCGUCUUAUUUUCCGAUAUUAUGUGAAGCUAUCUGAGCCCUUGAAAGGAGUACGCCCUCCUAAUCGACAAAUUGACUUUGUGGUUUCUCGAUACUCAUGGAGCGCGAGGAAAGAUUCGUUAUGGAAUCUCAUGUGA